CCUCUGUUGAUCUCUUUUCUCAUUAUUCUUGUUUUUCCUUUCCCACAAAUCGCAUCUCCGUCCGGAACUCCUAUCUCGCCUUCGGCCGCUAGUGCUAGUGCUAGUGCUACACAAUAUGUCAACAAGUAUAACUGAGACAGGAGGCUCUUCAACGGCAACUGGAAUUGGAAAUUUGGAAAUGUCAACAAUAUCUGGAGGUUCGACGCAGCAAUUCUCAACUGGGGGUUUGAUCAAUGUUCCAGAUCACCUUCGCAAACUGGAUGAGCAAGCCUUCACUCCUCUACUUAUUUCUAUUGGCCCUAUUCACCACUCCAAUGUAAAAUUACAAACCAUGAAAAAGUACAAAGUUCUAUUUUGUGAGCGUUUCAUGCAACGGGCUAACAUAAACUUGCAGAAUUUAGAAGACAAAAUAAGAAGGAGGGAAGACGAAAUUCGCUCUUACUAUACAGGGACGAUUUUCUCCAGCAUAAGCAGUGAUGAUUUUGUGACAAUGAUUCGGGUGGAUGGGAUGUUCAUUCUUGAGUACUUCUUGAGAGAUUCUGACCCACGUUUGGUAAGGAACGAUCAUAUGAUAGCGGAAUGGAUGCGUCCAAUUUUGAAAUUUGACUUGGUAUUACUUGAAAAUCAGCUUCCCUUUUUUGUUUUAGAGAUGUUGUUCAAUCUAGCAACCUUUCCGGAUGACUUAGAGAUAAAUCACCUUCCUUUAAGGUAUCUUGCUUUUGGUUUCUUUCAAUGUUACAACUUUCAAAUGAAGGAGCUUGGUUAUUUCAAUGUGAAAAUUGAACACUUCACAGAUCUGGUUAGAUUGUUUUAUCUAAGUGAACAAUUACUAGAUAGAAGAUCUGGAGGGGCUAAACUGUCAUACUCUGCAACCCAGCUACAUGAGGCAGGAAUCAAGUUUAAGGGAGUUGAGUUUGAUGAGAAUAUGAGACGUUAUAGAGGGAAUAGACGCUUUCUUGACAUAAGGUUCGAUUUAAAGAAUGGAGUGUUGGAAAUCCCAUGCAUUGCAUUAAAUGAGGAGAAAAUACGUCUUCUUUGAAACAUUAUUGCAUUAGAGCAAUCCAUUUAUGUAGAGCACGCAUAUGUUAUGGAUUUCUUUGUCAUCUUGAAUUUCCUUAUCAAAACUUCCAAAGAUGUAGAUUUACUUUGUGAUAAGGGAAUCCUCAUUAAUUACCUUGGCGACAGCAAUGCAGCAGCAUCAGCUGUCAACAAUCUUAACACCAAAAUCUUAGGGGAUUAUAUGAAUAAAGAAUACUUGAAAAUAUGUGAAGAUUUGAAUGCAUCCUAUGAGCAACUUUGGUAUGGAUGGAGGGCACCGUGGCAUAGAUGGAAGGAAACGUUAUGGCGUCAAUAUUUUAGCACUCCUUGGAGAGCUGCUUCUACCAGUGGUGGUAUUAUCCUUCUUGUGCUCACAGCCAUACAAAUUGUAUGCUCUGUAAAGUCCACUAAGUGGUGACAGAUAUGCAGCAGUUC